AUGCCAGCUUCAUCGAAAGAGUGUCUUGUGAAGCAUCAGCCGAGAAUCAUACCCCUAGACCAACAGGCCGUUGAACAGAGAGGGUUCGGUGGAGCUAAUGAUGAUGUAGGCAGGCUGUAUGCGCUGACCGAGACGCGUCUGUUCGUAGUACCCGAGAGAGGCCCGUGGGAUGCUGAGCUCCGUGUCUUACGUCAGCGCAUCCAGCAGGAAGGCGUGCGCGCACUUCCUCCACAGGUGGCGCCCUUGGUCUCUCCUGGGGGCGUGGAGGAGUUUAGGAGCCUCUUCGAUGAAAAGCGGAAAUGCGCUAACACGUCCCUCCUCCAGGUGGCCUCUCUAGAAUUAAUUUCAGAUGAAAAAUAUAUCAAUCCUGAAAGUAAGACUGGAAUGUGGCAGAGCGGCGCGCCCUUCGCGUGGAGCUACGUGUCGACGCCAGGCUCGGAGCCGCUGCUGGGCCUCUCCAUCGGGGGGGCGGUGGACCGGGCCGAACGGCGCUUCGGGGACAGGGAGGCCGUCGUGUCGGUCCACCAGGGCGUGAGGAAGACCUUCUCGCAGGUCAAGGAGGAGAGCGACCUCGUGGCCGCAGGACUCCUGGCGGCAGGACUCGAGCCUGGGGACCGCCUGGGGAUCUGGGGACCCAACAGCUACGAGUGGUUCCUCACGCAGUUCGCCGCCGCCAAGGCUGGACUCAUUCUGGUGAACAUCAACCCCGCCUACCGUCCCAGCGAACUCGAAUAUUGCCUCAACAAAGUCGGCGUCAAAGGCAUUGUUUGCGACGAGAAGUUCAAAACGUCAGAUUACUACGAGAUGCUGUGCGCCUUGGCCCCCGAACUACCAUCCUCUGUACCGGGUGACCUAAACAGUGCCACACUCCUGCACCUUAAGAAAGUGUUCAUCCGAUCUCAAGAGAAAAUGAGGGUAGAUGAACUGUCCUCUAAGAUACAGUUCGAUUCAGCCUGCAGCAUUCAGUAUACGUCCGGAACGACUGGUUUGCCGAAAGCAGCUGUCUUGUCCCACCACCAGAUCGUGAACAACGCUUACCACUCCAUCGGGAAGCGCAUCGGUUAUGGCGAAAAGCCUCACCGUAUAUGUCUCUCCGUGCCUCUGUACCAUUGUUUUGGAUGCGUUGCGGGUACUAUCUGUGGCAUGCUCUAUGGGGCGACCUGUGUCAUGCCCAGUGCCGGCUUUGACCCUGAUGUCAUCGUCAGGACUCUCGAAAGUGAAAAAAUCACCUCCUGCUACGGAACGCCCACGAUGUUUGUCGACAUUCUGAACGCUUUCCGCAAGAACCCGACGGAUCUGAGCGCCAUCUCGACGGGAAUCAUGGGAGGAGCACCUUGUCCGCGAGACCUAGUGAUGGCUGUCAUGAACGAACUCAGAAUGAAGGACCUUAUAGUGAUGUACGGAAUGACUGAGACGAGUCCCGUGACCUUCCAGUGCUUUCCUUCAGAUCCUCCUGAAGUCCGGUCCUCCACCAUCGGCUACCCGGCAGAUCACAUUGAGGUGAAAGUGGUCGACGAGUCCGGGGAGAUCGUGCGCGCGGGAGAUGCGGGCGAACUGCUCAUCAGAGGCUACUGCAACUUCCUCGGUUACUGGGACGACCCUGGGAAAACGAGCGAGAUUAUGACGCAGGAUAGAUGGCUGAGGACAGGCGACCUCCUCUCGAUCCAGCCAGACAGUUAUGGUCACUUCAUCGGCCGCAUCAAAGACAUGGUCAUCCGCGGCGGAGAGAACAUCUAUCCAGUGGAAAUUGAUCUUUAGGGUCACCCGGAUGUGAUUGAGGCGCAGGUGUUCGGAGUGCCCGACGCCAGGAUGGGAGAGGAGGUGGCGACUUGGAUAAGAAAGGCCGAGGGAUCCAGCCUUUCGGACACGGAGCUCAGGGAAUGGUGCAAAGGAAAGAUCGCUCAUUAUAAAGUACCACGAUACGUGCUGUUCAAGGACGAGUUCCCACGGACGGUCACGGGCAAGAUACAGAAGUUCAAGAUGCGGGAACAGACCAUCGAGGAGCUGAACUUGAAGGCGUGA